AUAUCUGUCUGUCCACACGCCCGUCCCUUUAGCCCGCCACACCCACACACACACACCUACCCACCAGGCAUACAUUCCCACACACCAAUCGAGAAAUUGCUCAUUCUUAAUGUGUCAAAAGGAACGUCUCCCUGUCUCACACCGCCUGAAUCGACGUGUGCUCGGCCUGGCUGUUUGGCCAGCACGAGCAAACACCGACAAUUAAGGCCAAUGUAAGAUGGAGAGACGCCAGCCAACCACACCUCAGAACACGAUGCACGGACAAAUGCGGACACCAUUUAUGAACGCCAGAAAAUACCUAACAUGUCACAAGCAUCAGGCGAGAUCAUUGUCACACACACACACACACAGUCCCCUCAAGCUACGAUGGAACAGAAACUUGAAAUGUCUGAAUGUCUACCCCCUUGCCCCCUUCCUCUCUCGUCAGUUGAUGCCCAGCGACACGAAAUGCCCAUCUUUGUCGACGUAGCCCAGCUGCCCCCAUCGGAAGUCGCAGUCGGUGUUGCCCAAGUGGCUGUUGAAGCCCUUGAUGAUGGACCCCUCCAGGCCAUACACGGCUGCCUCGUCCAAACGCGCCCGAUGCACCACCUCUCGCACUCCGAGGCGCCUGUGUUGGCCGUCUUCUCCCCCCUUAAUGGCGAAGCACUGCAGUGGCGGCUCGCCCAUCGUCGGCCCGCCUUGCUCACCUCCCGUCACGUUCACCACACUCUUCAACCACUGCAGCAGCCCCUCUCCCGUUCGUCCCUUGCCCAUCGCAGUCUUGCCCACCACCUCUCGAUUGCUGACCGUCUUGGUGGCGGCCUGGUUGAUGACGUGGUCGACGGCGGCACCCACGCGGCGCUUGAGAGGCGAGUCGGCGAUGAGGAACUCGUCAACGACGGCACGGGCAGCCGACGGGUCGUGAAGGAAUGCGCCGAUCUUCCAUGCGAUGGAUAUCGCCUCCUGUGGGCCGAAUGUCAGGCUGGACGGGGAGGGGUGAGGGUAAGCACCGUCGUGGUGGGGCGCCAUUGGCAGCAGACAGCCGACGCGGACGGCGGUGUCGCGCUGCCGCUUGAGUGCGGCAUUGAUGGCAAUCAUCACACGCUGCGGCAGCUCGUUGAGAAUCGCCGCAUACUCCUCCAGCACCAGGGACCGCUUGUGCUGCGUCUCUUGGGUGUGCGAGGGCAGCAGGUCGAUCGACCCCCCGUGACGCAGCAGGGUGCGGAUGCAGCGCUUGGCCUCGUCGACCCGGUUAGGAAGCAUCGUCCACAUAGUAAGGCGGACCCCGACGGAUUUGCCAUGGUAGCGUGUAAGCUUGCUCUUCAGCCCGCUAGCCGCCCAAUAAAGGGCGGUCCUGACGCCGCCCACAUGCAGAAAGCGCCGGUUGACCUCGGUGGAGGGGAUGCGGCCGAGUAGAUACGUCAGAGCUGUGUGGUUGGACGCCCAGGCCGCGCACUGGAGUGGCGUCAGAGGUGUUGCCUCCCCACCGCCUCCACCUUGCUGUCGCUGCGUCAGCGAGGCUCCACGCUCCACCAACAUGGCCAGGUACUGGUCGAUCCAGAUCUGCGAAAUGCUGAUGAAUGCGACGCGGCAAACGCUCAUCACAGUCGUCUUGCCGUCGAUGUCCAUGUCGGUGGCCAGGGAGGGGUCGUGCUGCAGCAGACGGGCGGAGAUGUUGAAGAGGACGUCUUGCUUCUCGGCUGAGAAGUAGCCGGCGAGCGGCUGGCCGAGCCUGUCGAUGAAGAGGAGAGGGCUGCUGGCGAGGGACGGGUGGCCGCGGACUGCCACAUGGUGGCUGAGAAGCACCUCGACGGCCGUCAUGUUGAGUGAUUCCUUGGCCAUCUUGAUGGGAACGAUGGUGUGGUCGUUUCCUCCGUUGACGCUCGCCCCUGCCAAGAUGAGCUCAUUGAGGAUGGCCGCCUGCACCUCCCGCGUUCGCCAACGCCACACCGGGCUCGCGGACUUGAGCGGCGGGAAGAUGCUGCUGGUAUCGAUGGCCAGCGAGAGGAUGCCGACAUGUUGGAUGCGGCAGCUGCACGUCAGGGCGACCAGGACAUUGACGUCAGCGCCAAGGCCGAUGAGCCGCCGAAUGCCGUCGAGACUGAUGCUGCGGAGGAAAAUGCCGCGAACGAGGGCCCUCGUGGGCUGAGUCGCGUUGGCGGGCAGGCGAACAUCCACGCUGUCGAAGAUGACUGACGUCCAAAUCCGGUCGGCCACUGAUGUGAAAACAAACAGAGAAGCGUCCAUCUCCAGUGUCUGAC